AUGAACGAUGGCACCAACAUCUACGUGGAGUCAGAACCAUAUCCUUGGCCGUUUGAUGGAAACUUGAAGAAAGAGAACACCUGCAUUAUUGUUAUCGAUAUGCAGGUUGACUUUUGUGCAAAAGGAGGCUACGUUGAUAGCAUGGGAUACGAUCUGAAUAAUACAAGAGCACCCAUUGUCCCUAUUCAAAAUACGCUUGCUUUCUUGAGGAAGCACGGCUUUCAUAUUUUGCACACGCGUGAAGGUCAUCGCCCCGAUCUAGCAGAUUGCCCAGCGAACAAACGUUGGCGGUCGAAGCAAAUUGGAGCUGAGAUUGGAAGCAAGGGUCCAUGUGGAAGAAUUCUAGUAAUCGGAGAACCAGGGUGGGAAAUCAUUCCCGAGGUGAAACCUCUUCCCGGUGAAAUUGUGAUUGACAAGCCGGGAAAAGGAAGUUUCACCGGAACGAAUUUGGAUCUCAUUCUCAAGACGAAAGGGAUUCAAAAUAUCAUCUUGGCGGGUGUGACAACAGAUGUCUGUGUUCAUACCACCAUGCGCCACGCCAACGAUAUGGGAUAUGAAUGCACCUUGCUGGCGGAUUGCUGCGGAGCGACAGAUCCCAAAAAUCACGACGCUGCCAUUUCGAUGAUUCAAAAGCAGGGGGGUGUCUUUGGUACUGUCACUACUUCGGAAAAACUCAUCGCUUCCUUGUCGAAGGUUUUUGAGGCUGAUCAAUAA